UGCUGCCGCAACAGCUCCAACCCAUUGAAACUGAGACUUGUAAGUAAUAAUUUUAUCAGGAUAAGUCCAUUUUAAAACAUGUUCGUUUUCUAAACCGUCUUUUUCAUAUGUGAGCGAUGAUGUCAAUAGUUUUAGUUCGCUAACGAGCCGUAGUUUGUACUAUAUAGUCUUGCCUACUGUUAGCUAUGCUAUUUGUUAAUAACACCUAAUUUCUGUCAAGUAUAAUCAACGUUAUUCACCUUGAAUGGAGUCGAUGGUAGACUCAAACCACGCAACACAAAAACGUUAUAGUCAAAGAGAUAUUUAAUCGGCAUGGGGAAAAAGGAAAGGAGAAGGGAAAAUGUGGAUAGGGAUAUAUCUCCUGAACACUUGGACCAGAGCCACAAGGCUAAGGUCGGUUAGUACACAAAGAGAAUACAUGAGUCCUCCCUAGUCGUCUUCUACGGCCCUAUUGUCACAGUUUGUGCACUUGCAAAGGUUUGUACAUGGCAGCGCAUACACUUGGCAUGUACAUUUUCCCCUGACACAAUUCGUUUUCUUGCAGGAGCAGUGAACAAGCUCAAGGGUUGCCUCUGGAGCUGGUGGAAGUGACAUCCAGUCGACCUCAGAGCUCCCCAGUCAUCUUCCAGCCAUCAUCAUUCCAGCAUUAUUGAUGCGGCUACGAAAAGACAGUGCCAGAACAAAGACAUGUGUCUGGGCUCUUUAUAACAAUGUUGGUCCAGGUUUUUGAGGCAUGAGCGGCAUGAAACAGCAUCCUGGUGUCUGCCUCUUCUUGGUUAGAGAGUCCCAAAUAACAGAUCUCACAAAACUACACAGCCAUCUUGGACAGGAGAAGUGUGAUGCCCUUGUAGGUCUCCAUCCAUUUUCCGGGUGUGAUACAGUCAGUGCUCUGUAUGGGCUACAAUGUUGAAGUCGGGCAGAUGUUCUAAGCAGGACUUGCCUCCAAUCCAGGACUCUCUGAAGAAACAUAUACAGCGGGGAAGUUAUCAGGCUGCAGUGCACAGUAGGAGCCUGGAGUGUUACCCAGACAUUCCUCCUCCAAUCAACCAUGGCUGGAAGAUGACUGGGGAGCUCUAUGAGGUCGACUGGAUGUCACUUCCACCAGCUCCAGAGGCAAUCCUUGAGCUCCUGCAAGAAAACGAAUUGUGUCAGGGGAAAAUGUACAUGCCAAGUGAAUGAGCUACCAUGUACAAACCUUUGCAAGUGCACAAACUGUGACAACUGUGACCCUUGAUGAUUAAAUAUCUCUUAGACUAUAACGUUUUGUGUUGCGUGGUUUAUGAGUCUACCAUCGACUCCAUACAAGUUCAAGAGGAUGUUGAACAGGGAGCUGUCUCACCUGUCUGAGAUGAGUCGCUCAGGAAACCAAGUCUCUGAGUUCAUUUCAAGCACAUUCUUAGAUAAGCAACAUGAUGUGGAGAUGCCAUAUCCACAGACGCAGAAGGAGAAGAAGAAGAUCAAGCCCAUGUCUCAGAUCAGUGGGGUUAAGAAGCUGCAGCACAGCACUGGUCUCACUAACUCCAUCAUCCCACGCUUUGGAGUGAAGACUGACACAGAGGACUCCCUUUCCAAGGAGCUGGAGGAUGUUAACAAAUGGGGCCUUAAUGUUUUUAAAGUCACUGAAUUUUCUGGGAAUCGGCCUUUGACAGUUAUGAUGUACACAAUCUUCCAGGAAAGAGAUUUAUUAAAAACGUUUAAGAUACCAUUAGACACCUUCAUCACCUAUCUGAUGACUCUAGAAGACCAUUACCAUGCAGAUGUUGCCUACCACAAUAACAUCCACGCUGCAGAUGUCACCCAGUCCACCCAUGUACUUCUGUCCUCACCUGCUCUAGAGGCUGUUUUCACAGACCUGGAGAUUUUGGCAGCCAUUUUUGCCAGUGCUAUUCACGAUGUAGACCACCCAGGAGUAUCAAACCAGUUUCUCAUCAAUACCAACUCAGAGUUGGCACUAAUGUACAACGACUCAUCAGUCCUGGAGAACCAUCACCUGGCGGUGGGCUUCAAGCUGCUGCAGGAGGACAACUGUGACAUCUUCCAAAACCUGACCAAAAAGCAACGCCAGUCCCUCAGAAAGAUGGUCAUAGACAUAAUACUAGCUACUGACAUGUCCAAGCACAUGAACCUCCUAGCAGACCUCAAGACGAUGGUGGAGACCAAAAAAGUCACCAGUUCUGGAGUGCUCUUACUAGACAACUACUCUGAUAGGAUACAGGUCCUCCAAAACAUGGUGCACUGUGCAGACCUCAGCAACCCCACCAAGCCCUUACAGCUCUACCGCCAGUGGACGGACCGGAUCAUGGAGGAGUUCUUUAGCCAGGGGGACAGAGAGAGAGAGAGGGGAAUGGAGAUAAGCCCCAUGUGUGACAAACACAAUGCCUCAGUAGAAAAGAGCCAGGUGGGCUUCAUUGACUACAUUGUCCACCCCUUGUGGGAGACAUGGGCUGAUCUGGUGCAUCCAGAUGCCCAAGACAUCCUGGACACCUUGGAGGACAACAGGGAGUGGUACCAGAGCACUAACCCACAGAGCCCCUCACCUGCACAAGACGACCAUGAGGACGGCAGCCGGCCCUUCGGAGGGGACAAGUUCCAGUUCGAGCUCACGCUGGAGGAAGAUGGGGAGUCAGACACAGAGAAAGACAGUGGCAGCCAGCCCGAGGAAGAAGAAGAGGAGGGAAACAGCUGGAGCGACUCCAAGACGCUCUGUACUCAGGACUCUGAGUCGACAGAGGUCCCAUUAGAUGAGCAAGUGAAAGAGGAGGAUGCAGUAGGGGAAGAAGGGAAGGUGGGGAUCCCCAGAGAACCUAGCAUGGCAGAGUUAGAGGAGGAGGAGGAAGAGGUGGGGGAACAGAGACUGGCUGAUACAUAGCAUUGGUAGGAAACAUGGGGUUUGUUAAACUCUUGAGACUGCCCGGUAUCGAUGAAUAAAAGGGACGAGGCAAAUGCUAAUAUUAGCUAUUAGCGAUGAUGGUGGUAGUAACGGCCUCAUUCCAAAUUGCACCUGCACUCCUCAACCCCGGGCCUCUCCACACUUAACUCUGCCUAAUGCAAACAGGGUAGUUUACCCCACCUUACAAGACACCCCCGUAGCUCCACACUAUGGCACUCAGGAAAUAUUUCCGUAAACUUUUCGCCUAAUUUUAGUUUAACUUUUUGGCGAAUUCAGGCUAUGCGAGACAGGUGUGUGUUUUCCCACAUUUUAGGCGGGACACAUUUGAUCAAGAAGUAGUUCUAAAAGUUAACAAUUAUAUUUUGUAUUCUUACCUUAACCUCCUCUAACCCUACCUAAUUCCUGUCAGAACAGCCACAGCUUGAGAAGGAACGCUUUUGACAGAACACUAGCUUCAAAGAAAGAAAGAUAGACUGAGAAAAACGGUCUGUAAUGUGAUACCAGUUCAACUAAGCUGUUUUUCCAGCUGAAGGGGAAAAACGAGCAUCUGAAAAACCAAUGAGGGAUGUUGCGGGAGAGAAACAAAGAAAUAUACAAGGAUCAUAAACAAAGAUAACCUUUUUCUAAAGUUCAAGUCUUCCUUGAAACCAGACUGGUAGAAACCACAGCUGAACAGGCAGUUUCAACCCCCUCAGUUUUUGUAUUGUAUGUAAGACAAAUACUUUUUUAUUUUACUUUUAUUAACAGAGAGAGAGAGGGAAAAUUAUAUUUUUCAUAUUGCAAUCAUUGUUAUCAUACUUAAUAUAAAAUAUUAAUUUUGGGAUUGUGUGCUUGCGCUUUGUGACUUCUCACUGCUCCCCUCCAUUGCUCAAUUUUUUAAAAUUAUUUUACCAUCCAGAUAUUUAUGUAUUUGAAUGAAAUGGAAGAAAAGACAAAUGGAAAAUGAUCAAUGCACAAUCUUUAAAACUAGGUUUAUUUGUAUUGGUGUUUAUGACAAAAAAUAUUGGAUUUCACAAAACAAGGAACUAGGGUGAAUAGUACAUUUAUACAUUGCUAGGUAUUUAUCCAAAAUAAAAUGAGGGAUGCUUUUUGUGUGUUUCAACACAGAUAACCCAUCCAUUAAAGGUCCCAUGAAAUGACAUUUUCACUUUAG